UGCCCGGCUUCCGCCCGCGCCUUCAGCCGUUUCCGGUGCGUCACCUCCGCCGCCCCGCUCAAGAUGGCGCCGCCCAUGGGGCGAGCGCUGUCGGCGGCGCUGAGCCGGGCCCGGGCCUCGCUGGCGAUCGCGGCCCCGGCGCGGCUCUACCGGGCGGCCCCGCUGCGGCGCCGCACGGGCCCGGCCCCGGCGGACCCCGCGGAUCUGCGGGCGGCGGCGCGGCGGUUCGGGCGGCUCGGGGACGCGGCGGCGGUGCCGGUGUGGCGGCUCUGGCCCAGCCCCGAGCAGCUGCGGGCGGCCGAGGCGGAGGAGCGCGAGUGGGACCCGCCAUUGCGGGAGGUGGAGGCGGCGCUGGAUCGGCGGGAGCGGGAGGAGGAGCGGCGGCGGGAGGAGAGGCGGCAGCUGGUGGCCCGCAGCCUGGCGGCGAUGCCGGCACGGGUGAGCGCCUGGCGGCAGGAGCGGGCGGCGGCGCGGGAGCGGGCGCGGGAGGACGCGGCGCGACGGCAGAGGCUGCUGGCCGAGGCGGGGCUGGGGGGGCUCUCCCGACCGGGACCCCCCCCCCGCGCCGCCGCUGCCCGGGCCCAGGCGCUGCUGCAAGACCUGGAGCGGCAGCGGCGGCGGGAGGAGAAGCGGCGGCGGCGGCAGGAGCGGGAGGAGGCCGCGCGCAGCGCCAUGGCCGCCGCCGAGGCCGCCGCCGCCGCCCGGCCCCCCCCCGGAGAAUGUCACCUCCUGAGCGACCCCCCCCCCCCACUCCGGAAACACACCCACAGCACCCCCAAAAAUGGGGUUAAAAUUCUGUGUUUAAUCUCUUCCCCCGAAUUGUAG